UGCCCCUUUCAACCUCCUGUCAGCAUCAUGGCUCCUGGGUCUUCCCCAUCUUGAUGCUCCUACUCUGUGCGAUCCAGGGAAGCCAGCAAGGCGGCUUGGCCCCUCAGGGGAAUGGCAUCCUGGGGUGGUUCUUUUCCUCAGCCCAUAUGAAAGGGGUUCCCCCAGGAGCAGGGGCUGGAGCUGCGGCUGGGAGCCCACCAGGAAAGGCAGGCUAUGGCCCACUGCCAAAUGGCUAUGGAGCAGGACCUGGGGCUCAGAAUGGCUAUGGAGCAGAGUUGCAUUCCCCAUCCCCCAUACCUUUGAUUCUGCCCACAAUCAACCUCCAGCCUGAGACCUCUCUGCUCCCCGAAAGGCCCGUAACACAACCCCUUCCCUCUGUCUCGCCAGCAUAUAGAAACGGAUUGGGUAAUGGGGCUUUCCCAGGAGCUGGAGCCCAGCCAGGCCUUGGAGCUGGAACCAAGCCUCAGAAACCAGGAUAUGGAAAUGGGCUGGGAAAUGGCGGCUUCCCUGGGGUUGGAGCCCAGCCAGGGCUAGGAGGGGAAAUGAAACCUCAGAAAGCUGGAUAUGGGAACGGGCUGGGAGCUGGGGGCUUUCCAGGGGCUGAAGCCCAGCCAGGAUUUGGAGUAGGAACCAAGCCUCAGAAAGCAGGCUUUGGAACAGGGACAGAAAUUCAGAGAGCUGGAAAUGGGAAUGGUCUACAAGCUGGGGCCUUCCCAGGAGCCAGAGCUCAGCCAGGUCCCUGUAAUAGGGGCUCCAUUCCAGCUCCCAAUGGAGUAGGGCCCGCAACAGGGAGUCCCUCAGAAAAAGGAGGAUUCAGGGCUCAGAAUGGCUAUGGACCAGUUUCUCCCUCAGGCCUUGAAGAUGGAUUGAAGACUCAUAAAACAGGACUCAGAAAUGUGUUUGGAGCUGGACCCUUCUCAGGGGCCAAGAUUCAGCCAGGCUAUGGUGCCAUGAAUGGGUAUAGAGCAGGUCUUAGAGGAGGAGCCAAACCACAGAAAACAGGCUAUGGAAAUGGAUUAGGAGCAGGUGCUUUCCCAGAGUCUGGGCCACAGCCAGGGUUUGGGACCCCAAAUGGUUUUGGAGUAGGCCUAGGUGGUGUGAAGCCUCAAAAAGCAGUUUAUAGCAAUGGACUGGGAGCUGGAACCUUUUCUGAGGUCAGGGCCCAGCAAGCAGGUUUCCCUGGGGCCAGAAGUUAUCCAGCCAAUGGCUACAGCAAUGGAUAUGGAGCUGGGGGGCCUGGAUACCCCAAAUCUUCCCUAUAUGAAAAUGGUGGGGCCAGCUUCUUUGGUGCUCAGGGAGUCCCCUUUCUCCCUGGAGGUUCAGACUCUGGGGCCAAAACUGCUAAGUAUGACUAUGGAAAUGGGGUAGGCGAAGGCUCCUACCCUGCGGAUAGAAGCGCGCCAGGUCUCUAUGGUCAGUUAAGACCAGAGGCAGUCCCCGGGACUUACGGUGGGCCAGAUGUGAAGCACAGCUUCAAUGGCUUCCUGGGAAAUGGCUAUGUAGGUCGCUGUCCUCCAGGGAAAUGUUGAGCCUAAAGGGUUCCCUCCAAUAUCCCCCAUGUGAAGAUCUUCAGGGGAGCUCGGAGCCUAAGACCUGGCCACCUUACUGCUGUCAGGUUUUUUGGAAAAAAAACCAGGCUCCUUGGGAGGGGAGUCUCCCCUCUGCCCCAUCAGGGUCUUUCUUUGGUCCUUUAACCCAGUCUUAUAAGGGGCCCCUCACAGCAGAGAGGAGGAGGAGGAGA